GGCAAUUCCGACAUGAACACGCCGGUGACGUCUACCAUUUCCCCAAACAUCGAGGUCAUAUCCCUGCGCAUUAAACCUGCGUCCUGGUACGGCUAUCCAGUCCUAAGAUUUGACGUCGGUGGGUGUCAGGAACGCGGAAUUAACAAUGGUCACAGCAUGUUUGCCAGGAAGUCUGCAGCGUUAUCUGAAGAAAUGAUUGCCUCCCAUACCGUAGUUCCUGCGAUGUCGGUAUCAACUUUGAAAGAUUGUGCAUUCACGUGUCGCGAUUACGUCACGUGCAUAGCAUUCUCCUAUGAGACUGAUAACGGGAUCAAUUGGUGUAAAGGGUUCAGCGCGUGGAUCGUCAAUCCGGGAAAACUAUCUUCUAAUGAAGCAGUUUUCAUCAACCAAGGUCUUCUCGACUCCUACGGUUAUAGGGAGGAACAGGGAGGUGCUUUCCUGUACAGCGUCAUCGAGGUAAGAAAGGACCAAGUCAGCGCAUCCGCAACGUGUAGAGCACAAUACACACGCUUGUUCAGGAUCGACUCGGAAUUAAAAAUGGCAAGUCUGACAACCAUCAUCGCUGGAAACAAUGUACUCAAGAACAACUACAACUUCUACGUUUCCGGACGUUACAAUUCACCGACAUGGAUGCAUGAUGGUGGAACAGAUGAAAUAGAUGAUAUCCUCUGGGCCCCUGAUAAUCCAAAUCCAGACCAGGGACACUGUGUUAUGUUGACAGAAGCAGGGUUAGCCAGUGUCGAUUGUGCGGACAAGCUAUAUUCAAUAUGCGGUCACUAGACAGGAAUCAUUUGCUUUUCAGAAUCGAGCCAUAUGACCGCAAUAUAAAUGGAUAUUCGAAUGUCUUCACUUGUUUCAUUUGCAUGCGGCGAUAAUUACUCACAAUGACGUGGAUCGUUCCACUGCCAAUAAACCUAAGAGAACAGAGGAGAAGUUGUGAUAUUGUGAAAACAACAUUAGGCGUCUGUAUAUUGUGUACAAUGUUUACAUACUUUACGGGAUUACCUCCCUUUAUACGGUUGGACUUCUUAUUUUCUCUUAUAAAUUCGAAGUGGAUAAAUAUUCUAUGAAAUCCUAAUCGUGCUCUGUCUACAUUUGAUAUUUUAUAAUAAUAUGAUAAGCGAUCAAUUCAAGGACGCUGCAACAUUUUUGUUUGUUGUUGUUUAAAAAGAAUCAUGUUAUUCAUUUAUGUAUGUAUUUUUUUUUUAUAGUUGGUG